UGGUUCUGUCCCCUCCCUCGGCCGUUCCUCCCUCCUCCUCCUCCGGCAGGCAGGCAGCAUGGCGGCGGUGGAGACGCGGGUCUGCGAGACGGACGGCUGCAGCAGCGAGGCCAAGCUCCAGUGUCCCACCUGCAUCAAGCUGGGCAUCCAGGGCUCGUACUUCUGCUCGCAGGAAUGCUUUAAAGGAAGUUGGGCUACUCACAAGUUACUACAUAAGAAAGCAAAAGACGAAAAGGCAAAACGGGAAGUGUGUUCCUGGACCGUAGAAGGAGAUGUGAACACUGAUCCAUGGGCAGGCUACCGGUACACUGGUAAACUCAGACCACAUUACCCACUGAUGCCAACGAGGCCAGUGCCCAGUUACAUUCAGAGGCCAGACUAUGCUGACCAUCCCUUAGGAAUGUCUGAAUCUGAACAGGCUCUCAAAGGUACUUCUCAAAUCAAAUUACUCUCAGCUGAAGAUAUAGAAGGGAUGCGACUUGUUUGUAGGCUUGCUAGAGAAGUCUUGGAUAUUGCUGCUGGGAUGAUUAAAGCAGGUGUAACUACUGAAGAAAUUGAUCACGCUGUACACUUAGCAUGCAUUGCAAGAAAUUGCUAUCCUUCUCCCCUGAAUUACUAUAAUUUCCCAAAGUCUUGUUGUACCUCAGUGAAUGAAGUCAUCUGCCAUGGGAUUCCAGACAGACGGCCUUUGCAAGAAGGUGAUAUUGUUAAAGAGCUGGGAAAUAUCAUUCAGAAACAUGCCCAAGCAAAUGGAUUUUCAGUUGUUCGAAGCUAUUGUGGGCAUGGAAUCCACAAACUUUUCCAUACAGCCCCCAAUGUGCCACAUUAUGCCAAAAAUAAGGCAGUUGGUGUGAUGAAGUCUGGCCACGUGUUUACAAUUGAGCCAAUGAUUUGUGAAGGUGGAUGGCAGGAUGAAACCUGGCCAGAUGGCUGGACUGCAGUGACGAGGGAUGGGAAGCGAUCCGCCCAGUUUGAGCACACCCUGCUGGUCACGGACACUGGCUGUGAAAUUCUUACCCGGAGACUUGAUAGCUCUCGGCCUCAUUUCAUGUCCCAGUUUUAAUCCUCCCAAGAUGCCUAAUGUCUGAACACCAUCUUGUACUGUGUUUUUUAUUGAAAGUACAGAAAUGAAGAGCCUUUUAGAAAUGCCUCGGUUUGUUUUGACUGUGGCUGAGGAGGGACUGCAGCAUUUGGUGUGUGUCCUCAGAGCUUUUUUGGGGUCUGAAAGAGCUGAGAAGAAUAAAGGAAACAUUGCUUACUUCCUUCGGUCCCUAGCCUCACCCCUCAGUUCUCUGUACUCUGUCUUUGACCCUGAUGUGCUUCCCAUUGCUUUAUCACUGCCACAGACAAGCUGCUUUCCAGGAGAGUGUUGGAGAUGAGAAAUCGUGAAACUAGCAACACAUUGCUCCAGAUUUUUAAUUAUAUAUUGGUAUAUAUGGAAAUAUAUAUGCAUACAUUUUAAAUUCCAUAUACAAAAUUAUUGAACACUGACCUUUGGUCUGGGUUGAUUCUGCCUUGACAGGGUAUCUGUUGUCAUAAGUGGAUCCAUAAUUUGUUAGUGGUUAAUUCCUGGGUGGGAACUGGACUCCGCUCACCCUCAUGCUAAUUAUUUACUGUUGUAUGCGUGUAGGAAAGACUUCCUGCAGUGUGGACUCAGUGAGUGCAUGGGAAGGCUCACUUGGGAGGUUGUCAGAGUGUAAGGUCUGGUGUGGGGAAAUAGCUGCGCUGCAGCGUCAUUUCACAGUACACCGCUGUCUCAGACCCAUCUGGCCAGUGAGAGGUCACAAAUCCCUUUUCUUCAGAACUCUUUUUUUGCUGAGGUUUCCCUCCAAAGUACUCAGAGAAGAGUGACAGUUGUCCUGUGGCAGGCAGAUGAUGGGGGAAGAAUUCCAGUGUCUCCAGGUGUCCGCAGAGUCGUGGUGACUGAGAGUUUAGCAUUUAGUAACUGGCAGCAGUGAGAAAGGACUCUAAGUGCCCAUGGGCAUGCAUGCUGCUGUCCUGUGUCGCAAUGUACCUCACUCUAGAUGGAGACAUACCAGAUCAUAAAGCUGUCAUGAGAGUAUCCUUAAUUCCUGGCUAUCUCAUGACUUUAUUGUAAUAUAAUUUGAUACCAGUGACACAUACUUUAAGACAUCAUCUUUUCCAGAGUGCCUCAGACCUGAUUGCUUUAAGAGAAUGAUAAUGUUUUCAUGACUUUAAUGAUUUAGUAAAGUGAUUGAAUCUGGUGUAGACUUCUGGGUGUGUGUGUGUUUAAAGUUUUUAAUCAAACUGUAAUAUUUGUGAAUGGAAUGCUUUGUAAUAUGAAUGUUAAUAUAAUAUGUAAAGGGAGAUUAAAAGUUUGAAUGAUUAUCCCACUUACUGUAGUUGCAUUUGUUUCAGAGGGAAUUGAUGGGAUGAGACCAAUUUCAUCCAAACUAAACUCAUGACCAUUGGAGCAUACACACCUUUUCAGGUAUAAUAUUGUACCAUAAUUGCAUGUUGUUUAAUGCAGGAGCGAGGCAGCACAUCUAGAUGUAGCUGUAUUAUGAGAGCUUUUAAGGUUAAGAAUAUGGUAUAUUUAGGGGAGCAGUUUGUAUUCUGACAGUAGGAUUGGUAAGUGGGGUGGUGUUAAGUUUAUAUCAUUAGAAAAUAAAGCUUCAGGAACGAAACCUUGGUGUAGUUUGUGGAAAGAUUAGACAUGCUUGUAGGAGUGCUUUCCUUGGUUUGAUUUUU